AUGAAGUAUCGUGUCGAAGAUGUGAAAACUGUUCUGACCGAUGAUGAGAAUCCAGAACCAACUAACGACAAGCAGAGGCAACAACUCUACAAUCUGAGAAAGAAGGAAAUUUUGAAGGUAUUUCAAGAAAUGGAACAAAAAGAACAUCAAGUGUUAACUGACAUAUUCAAAAAUGUUCUUCCAUUCGACAAGAUGGGAAACUUUGAUUUGAAAUUACUGAAUUUAACAAGCUAUGAAAAUCAAGAGCUUGCCACCACUUGUCUCAGAUUAUUAAUUCGAAAAUUUAGAGCUGCGGAUGAAUUAGCUGCUGCUUUACCAAAAGUAGAAUUAAUUGUCUCAAAGGAAAUGGCUUUAACCUAUGAUCAUCUCAGAAAACAGACCAAUGAUUUGAGAAGCAUUUUUGGAUACGGACGAAGCAAUUAUCUUGGAGCUCGUCACAUCAGCGAAUACGAAGUGAAAAAAGCCAUGAAAGCUCUUGAUGAAAUUCUCAAAGAUAUGACCACCAAUGAAAAGAGAAGUCAAAGAAUUAUUAGAAAUUUGGGCCUCUUUGAAAUCACUCUCUCGGUGUUGAGAAGCGAAUGGAUGGUCUCAAAUGAAAUCAAAGAAAGUUGUCUUAAGGUUUUAACAGCAUUCGUAAAAGAGAAUCCAGAAAAUCAAAAAUUACUCUUUCCCUAUAUGGAAUUUUUCAUGAGAAUGAUCACAGAACACAAAAAACUGAGCAAAUCCAUUGUUAUUCUAAUGUGUGAAUGUGUGAGAAAUAAUCGAGCAUUGUGUAGCACCAUUGAAGAGAAGCACAUUGAGCAAUAUAUUGAUCUCAUUGCAGAACAAAGAAGUGCUUACAUGUUACUCUUUUUGAGAACCAUUCUUUCGACACACAAUGGAAACCCAAUCAAAAGAAAUCAAUCACUCAUUACAAAAUAUUUACUCGAACGAAAGAAAGAUGUGGUGAUUUUAUUCAAAGACGAGGAAGGAAUGAGAGAACGAAACAAUCGAAUUUCAAAAGAGGAACACAAAACAGAACCUGAAGGAAUUUUAAAUUAUCACAUUGCAUUAUUGCACUUGUUAGCAACGGCUGCAGAUGGAAAAAAUCGAGAAAGUGAACAACGUCUUCAAACUCUCUUCACAUUGGAAGAAUUAUUGGAACAAGUCAUAUCUCCAUUUACAUUGCCAAUGAUUAGAAAUCCACUUGUGAAAAUUAUUAAUGAAGUUUAUGUCAAUGUUGAAAAAGUGACAGAAGUGAGUGGAGGAAGUGGAGAUGGACAUAAGAAAUCUACUAAUAUUAAUAUUCAUCAUCCUUUAAUGUACAAGAUGUUUUCAAAAAUGAUUCGUGAAUUUGAAUUUGCUGAAAUGAGUGCAUUGGCGCUCAAUGUUUCUGGAGGGGAACAUAUCACUCCUCAAAAAUCAUCCAAUGUCUUGUCAGCUGUUACGUUGACCAAUAAUAGAGCAUCUACGAAACCAUCAGUAGCCAUGAGACAGAGCCGAGCACUUGGAGUGAAUAUUCCCUCAGCACGACUCUCAGCAACAGGUCCAAUUCGUGCACAAAUUACCGACGAAGAUCUCGAGAAAAAUUAUAUUGAUAAUUAUUAUAUUUUUGAAAUUAUGAUUCCAGUGAUUCAUAAUUAUUUUCACCUGCAUUUCCCUCCUCCAAAUGUCACAAAAGAACAAUUGGAUAUUGCUGAAGAUCUUUUGUUGAAAUUAAUUGAUUUACACAAACAUACAGCGAAUCAGGAACAACGUGACAAGAUUUUCAAAUGUGUAACUGCCAUGUGGAAGAAGAGUAUGUCUCCUGAAAGUCAAAUUGCAAUUACAAAAUUUGUGACAUCAAAAUCAUCAAAAGCAAAAGUGAAUCGCACUCACAUUACACACGCCUAUGUCGUCGAGACCGAUGAAAUUAUUAACAAGACCUAUCGCAAAUAUUUACAGAGGAGAAUUAUUUCAAAGAUUUUGCGUACAAGUGAAUUCAGAAAGUUGGGAAAUCUUUAUGAAAAGUACAAUGGUUUUGUGAAGGUUCUUGUGAGAAUCCUUCGUAAAUUGAAUGACUCUGGAGCCUCUUACGAUCAAUCCCUGUUAGAUGUUGGACUAUUGGGCCUAGAAAUUCUCAAAACAAUUGUUCACUCUCAAAACAAACGUUCCAAUUUACCUAAAAAGAAGAAAAAGAAAUCAACUGAGGAAUUUGAACCUUUGGAUUACGUCGAGAAGAAACUUCCAUUGGUGGUGAUGGAAUUGCUGACCUCACCAAAUCCUCUCAUUGUGAAAUCUGCUCUCGAACUUGGAAUUUUGAUUUUACGACAUGGUUAUGGAGUCAUUCAAAAAGAAUUUUACAGAAUUUUGACAGAGACAGAUACAAGUUUCUUUUUCAUUUCUAUUCGAGAUCGACUUCGAUUGGCAAAGAAGGAAAUUAAAGAGAAAAAAGAAUUACCUUAA